UCAUCAUCAUCAUCAUCAUCAUCAUCAUCAUCAUCAUCAUCAUCAUCAUCAUCAUCAUCAUCAUCAUCAUCAUCAUCAUCAUCAUCAUCAUCAUCAUCAUCAUCAUCAUCAUCAUCAUCAUCAUCAUCAUCAUCAUCAUCAUCAUCAUCAUCAUCAUCAUCAUCAUCAUCAUCAUCAUCAUCAUCAUCAUCAUCAUCAUCAUCAUCA